AUGGAUAUUGUUUUAGAUAUCCUCGACACUUUUGUCUUUGACCAAUGCUACGCAUCCCUCUUACCGGAUCCCUCGUUCGGGAAUUCGACCUUGGACAUCAUGCCAGCAGUCAAUCAACAUGUGAACGUUUAUUACCCAUUGCAGGCCUCUGACCUUGCAUACGCAAGUCUAUGGAAAAGAGAUAACAUCGUCAGACAAGGCGUGUCAUUCUUCCUAAUUGCAUUAAUAUUCGCUUGGGCUUUGUACCUGAUUGGUAGCUUCCUUCUCUACCACACAAUAUUCGACAAGCGGAUGAUGCAACACCCACGCUUCCUACCAAAUCAAAUCUCACAAGAAAUCGCCCUGGGCAUGUCUGCCAUCCCCGUGAUAUCACUUCUCACAGCCCCCUUCUUCGUUGCCGAGAUAAGAGGCUUCUCCAAGCUGUACGAUUUCAGCAGCGAGUCACCCUUCUGGGGAUACACGUUCCUCCAAUACCCGUUCUUCAUCCUUUUUACCGAUAGCGCGAUCUACUGGAUUCAUCGUGGUCUACAUCACCCGCUGGUGUAUCGCUGGUGCCAUAAGCCACACCACAAAUGGAUUGUGCCGACGCCAUUCGCCAGUUAUGCGUUUCACCCAUUGGAUGGAUGGGCGCAGAGCUUACCGUAUCAUAUUUUCCCACUUUUUUUCCCGUUGCAGAAGUGUGCGUACUUGGGAUUGUUUGUUUUCGUCACUCUGUGGACUGUUUUGAUUCAUGAUGCCGAGUAUUUGUCUACUUCUCGGAUUAUCAAUGGUGCGGCGUGUCAUACAAUGCAUCACCUAUACUUCAACUUUAACUACGGGCAAUAUAUCACACUGUGGGAUCGUCUUGGAGGGACAUACCGCACACCCGAGGUAGAUGAAUUCAAAAAGAAGCAGAUGGAGGAGGAGAAAGCUGUGAAAGCUGCGAAGAGUAUCAAGAAAAAUAAUUGA